AGGGAAAAAACGGGGUCUCGUUCCAGCCCAGUUUAAAACCCUCCGCCACUCUGUGAUCGGACAGUCUGAGUGGGGAGGAUUAGAGCGGCACGGAGCGUUUCAUCACCGGCUGUGUUUAUUACCCACCGACAGAGAGAGAGAGAGAGAGCGGCGCGUGAGGAUCCUUCUCAGCUCGUCGGUGUAACGGAUCGUGUGCUCGACACAAAGAUCUGUACCUGUGAACUGUGGCUGUUUUUGCUCACCUGGGUCGCAGAGAUCUGUGAGGAGCGGGGAAUCCUCUGGGAGAUCUCUGCUGAAGGCCAUUUGCAGCUUCUGGAAUAACUCACCAUCAUCAUGGAGCCAGGGUCGACCGAGAUGAACACGCUUCCCAACGGCAAAGGGCACGAAGGCGGAUCCGAGACAACGGCCACGCCCACCUCGACCAAAACCCAAUCGGACGACACGGCUCAGGAACUCGUACCCAAUAGUACAGAGACUUCCAGUCCCAGCAGAGCUACAAGAGACACCGAAGCCACCCUGGCCGAGAGCUCAGAGUUCCUCUCCAAUGGCGACGAAAAGAAACCGCCGCGCUUCACAGACUUUGAAGGAAAGACUUCGUUUGGAAUGUCGGUCUUCAACCUGGGAAACGCCAUCAUGGGGAGCGGAAUCCUGGGCUUGGCGUACGCCAUGGCGAACACUGGCAUCGUCAUGUUUCUGUUCCUCCUGACGGCCGUGGCGUGUCUCUCGGCCUACUCAAUCCACCUGCUGCUCAAGGCCUCGGGUGUCGUUGGUAUCCGUGCAUACGAGCAGCUGGGUUUUCGAGCUUUCGGUACACCGGGCAAAAUGGCUGCUGGCAUUGCGAUCACGCUGCAGAAUAUUGGAGCCAUGUCCAGCUACUUGUACAUAGUGAAGUAUGAAUUUCCUUUGGUGAUUCAAGCCUUUCUCAAGGUGGACGCACUGUCUGGUGAGUGGUACCUGAACGGUAACUACCUGGUGGUCAUCGUCUCCAUCUGUAUCAUUCUACCUCUGGCUCUGAUGAAGCAGCUGGGCUAUCUGGGCUACACCAGUGGGUUCUCUCUCAGCUGCAUGGUCUUCUUCCUUAUCGCAGUGAUCUAUAAGAAGUUCCAGGUGCCGUGUCCCUUCACCGACUUCUCGUCCUUGAACCGGACGGUGCCGUUAAACAACAGCAGCGUGGUGGCGGUGGCACACAGCGGGGUGACCAUGACGCCCGAGGACGACCCGUCCUGCAGCCCUCGCAUGUUCAACCUCAACAUUCAGACAGCCUACACUAUUCCCAUCCUGGCGUUUGCGUUCGUGUGCCACCCGGAGGUGCUGCCAAUUUACACCGAGCUGCGCAACCCCACCAAGAAAAAGAUGCAGCACGUGUCCAACAUCUCCAUCACCGUCAUGUACGUCAUGUACUUCCUCGCUGCGCUGUUCGGAUAUCUGACCUUCUAUGAUAAGGUGGAGGCAGAGCUGUUGCACACCUACAGCAAGAUCGACCCGUACGACACCCUGAUCCUGUGUGUGCGUGUGGCUGUACUGACCGCCGUCACACUCACUGUACCCAUUGUACUGUUCCCUGUGCGGCGAGCCAUCCAGCAGCUCUUCUUCCCCAAUAAGACCUUCUGGUGGCCGAGACACAUCGUCAUCGCCGUCCUCCUCCUCACCACCAUCAACCUGCUCGUCAUCUUCGCCCCCAACAUCCUCGGCAUCUUCGGGGUCAUAGGCGCUACAUCCGCCCCGUGUCUCAUCUUCAUCUUCCCGGCCGUAUUCUACAUCCGCAUCGUACCCAAAGAGGACGAGCCCCCGCGCUCAGCGCCUAAAAUCCUGGCUGCCUGUUUCGCUGGUCUGGGUGUCCUGUUUAUGAUCAUGAGCCUGAGCUUCAUCAUCAUCGACUGGACGUCAGGCAGCAGCAAAGCCAACAGCGGUCACUAGGCCACAGUGUUUUUAAACAGCUCUUCAGUGUAGUGUAGUGUGUGUGUGUGUGUGUGUGUGUGUGUGUGUGUUUGUGAAAUCUCUCUCAGUGGAACUUUGUCAUCAGUACAGUGUGGAUCACUGAUCCAGAUUUCCGUGUGUGUGUGUGUGUGUGUGUGUGUGUAAGUGUCAUUCUGUCAGGCAUAAUAACCCCAGAUGAUGAUGAUGGUGAUGAUGAUGGUGAUGAUGAUGAAGACUCAGCAGUGAGACUGUACGCGGACCCUGAAACUUCCUGCUAAAUAACAUUCGAUAUUCACCCAAACUGACCCUUAGCACAAAUUUAAACAGUCCAGAUCGCUACACCGGCCCGAGGGUGACCUCUGACCUCGGCAGGAUCCCUGUACAGGAUAACGUGGACAGGAGGGGCUGAUUGUUUUCAGAUUGUGUAGGUGUCUGUCCUUCUCUCUCUCUCUCUCUCUCUCUCUCUCUCUUUCGAUGUGGCAAUAAUCAUCUGGAACACUCGCUGUGGUUCUGUAGCGUAUGUACAGUAUAUACACACCGUAGAGCACAUUAACCCUGUGGCACAAUAUGCAAAACUGUACAUAACUUUGUCAGCCGUAUUUUUAUACGUGUGUGGAUUUCUAUCACAGAGUAUAUGGAUGGAUAAAUAUAGAGCUACGUGUGAUUGUGAUGCCUUUGAUAUCUGCCCAUGAGCACUUCAUCACGGGGAGUUCAUCUCAUCUGGAUUAUGGGGGAAUAAAAAAAAUGUAAAAAGACACACAUGAAAAAAAAAGAGUGUGUAUGGUGUAGAGCGGGUUUAACAUGCUGACGCGACAGAGAUCUCUCCGGACAAGUGUGGGAGGUGUAGGAAAGAAAGAAAGAGAGGGAGAGGGAGAA